AUAUAAAAGCCUUACCUGUAUGGAAUAUCAGCUGUUAAAAAUAUAAUAAGAUGUGCUUAACCAAGUAACUGUUUCUCCUUUUUUACUAGGAUUAUCUGAAGUGUAUUUUUAUUAAACCCCAGCAGCCACAUAAAAUAAACAUUUCAAACUUUCCUUAUCGUCUUUGUUUAUUAAAGCUGAUGUCCAACUUUGACAACUAUUUAAAAAAAAUACAAUGACAAAAACAAACACAACAUUGCAAAGAGAACCAUCAGGCUCAUUUCCUGCUGUAAAUGGUACAUGCAGUCACCUAGGGCCCCUGAAACUACAAGUGGCCCCAAGAGUAAGCAGUUUGUUUUUGUGUAUUAUUGUCUACUAUUGUCAGAAAAUAUGAAGACAUCACUGACAACUUUGCUUCAAAAAACAGAAAGCAAAAGUGAGGCGCCACUCCAACACACACAAUGUUUUUACUUCAUUUAUUUUUCAUUGAUGUAGAACAUUUAGUUGUUUGAAGCUCCAAUUUACGCCACAGGUUGUUCUGUUUACCUUAGCACUUAUUAAACAUCUCAUAGAAAGUGAAUGAUAUCUUAAUCUAUUUUCACUUCCAUACAAAACAAUAUCAUUAGGGUGGGUGGGGGCUAAAGGUGGGUGAUGUGGCAAACUGUAAUAUUGUUACAAAAUAUGUCACUUUUUUUUUGACAUGUGACAAAAACAGACAACAUAAUGCUGCAUUUUAAAAACACUAUGUUUCCACUUACUUUCAACAUACCUUUUGCUUCACUUAAACUAAUUAAACAGGUCGUUUAGGGCCCCUAAAUGUCUUAGAAAGACUGCAGUGUAACAGUGAAGCUUCUCUCCUCACCACCUGACGGCGCCGGUGCUGCUUACAGGGGCGGUGUACGCAGGAAGUGCGUAGUACUGCAAAAGAAAAACACACACGCCCCUCAGCAACGCGGGACUUGUGGUUUAGUAGUGCAGCUAAAAAGACGCUAAAACCACAACCGGCUGCCAGCGCUGUGCGCCACCGCGUGCUAAUUUAAUGCGUGCUCUCGUUUGUACCUGUGCGCAGUUGCUAAGUUAAUUUAGCUGGCAGUGAAACAGCAGCCAGUUCUAUGUGAGCCCGGACUGUAAAUGGCCUAGACCUGCUGAAGUGAAACAGCGGAGCGUUUCUCUGGUCUUAGUCUGGUUAUCACUGCAGGCAUGUUUAAGAGUGUAGGGAAGCUCUUCGGGAUGCGGCGGAAAGCCGAGCAGCCCAAGUCCCGCAUCGACCGGAGGAAGACUCGGGUGAACAUGCUGGAUCAGCUGCUGGACGACAGCGACGAAGGCUCGUACCACAGCACCACCAGCGUGAGCUCGGAGAGCGAGUACCGACAGUCCGACGACGACGGCUCGUACGGCUCGGACAGCUCCUACCGGCCUAAGCGAGAAAGCGGCAGAGAGGAGGAAGAGGAGGAUAGCAGGAGCGGCGGCGGCAGCAGCAGCAGCAGUAGUAGUAGCAGCAGCGAGGCCGGCGGGAGAAGCGCCGUGUCCCGCGGGCCGAGGAGGAAGAGAGCGGCCAGCGCCGCGGCUCUGGAGGACGACUCGAGCGAGUCCAGCGACAGCGACGUGGGAACCGAGCCUCGCCGAAAAGCGCAGCAGAAAAAGCGCCUGAAGCUUCCCGACUCAGAGGACGAAGCUAUGAAGGAGAAGAAACGAGAGUCGGAGUUGAAAGAAGCCCGAGAAGCGGCUGCGAAGAGGAGAGAGAGAAAGAAUAAACUGAUGGAGCUCUCGCGCAGGAGGAAGACGGUCACUCCGCGGCGCAGGCGCAGAACGGCGGGUUCAGAAGAGGAGGAGGAAGAAGUUAAAGAAGACAAAGCUGAAGGCAAAGAAAAGGCUGUAGAUUCUGAAGACAGCUCCAGUGAGGAGGACGCUAAUCCUCUGAUGGACAGCAGUGAAGAGGAAAAACAGGCAGAUAGUGACAGCUUGAAGGACUUCAUUGUAGAGGAAGAAGAACAGAAAGAGGGGGAGGAAGAAGAGGAUAUGGGGGAACCAAAGGACAAGGACUUCCUCUCUCACCUUCCACGCCAGUUCAUCACUGGAUCACAGUUCACCCACUUUCAGGUGGUGGUCAAAGCUUUGUUGAUCAAUGUACUGGACACAUCCUUCCUCAAGUCUCUUUACAAUGGUGAGCGGACGAAGCGCUAUGCACAAGAGAUGAAGUCGUCUUUGCACCACUUUGAUGAGCGACUGGUGCUCCCACGAUUAGAAAACCUGAAGCAGAGGAGUCGCUGGAAAGAUCGCUACAAAGAGCGGGUGGAGUGUUAUCCCAAAGUGCGGAUUACCAUGGUAAACGUCCAUACUAAAGGUUGUGAAGCCUGCGAGCUCCACAGACAUGGCCGCUUCAACGUGCGUCUGUCUGGGCAGCUGUAUCACUGCAAUACCCUGCAGGAGGACCAGUUCAUGCCCGAUGACUCACAGAGUUUCUUUGUCGGCUCAGUGUGUGCCAGCCGUACAGAAGUGUACCAUGCAUUGAAGCAUUUCAAGUACCAUCUGUUUGAGCGCUGCCGCACUGCACUGGAGGCUCAGAAACAGGGAAAGGAGCAGAAGGAGGAGGAAGAAGAGGACGAGCCUGUGAAGGACACAGUCAACAAGGUGUUCACUAAACUGCAGGAAGCAGGCUGGAUUAAUGAGCAAUAUGAUGGGUUUGAAGAACACCUCAAUGCUGCAGAUUUCUUCCAAGAGGAGAAGCUGGACUAAGGGAAUUGGACCUUAACUUUUAUUUACUUAACUACGCUUUUAUUUCUGUAAAUAGCUAAAUAAUGUAAUUUUCAGUAUUCUAAUUACAUAUCUUUUAAAACAUAAAUCUGUGUGGUGUUAUACAUGAACCUUUGUUAAUCAUACUAGAGAUACAUGAAGUGUAUCUAAAAACAUUUAUAUUUGACUGUUAUUUUAAUAAGUCUAGCUUAUUGCUUUUGUAUUUUAUGUAUGUUUUUAGUUUUAAGCAUGUUGACUUGAGUGAAUUUGUAAAAAAAAAAAAAAAAAAAGUUCUUUAAAACAAUCAGUAUAUUCAAACCAAUA